AUGUCCAAAGAAAUAAGUCUAAAAUCAUUCGUCACGAUUGUCGACGAAAUACAUCAGGCUUAUAAGAAAAUGAGAGAUUUAUACGAAUUCGCGGAGUACAAUCGACAAGUAUGUAAUGCUCUGAUACACAGGGUUGAUUCUGUCGAGUUUAAAUUGAGAGAUAUGUUGAGAAUUCGAAUGAAUGAAGAUGAUGAAUCUUAUAAAAAUAUGAAAUUUUAUAAAAAAAAGCAAUUUUAUAUUCAAGAGAACCAUUUCACAACGCGGGAAUUUUAUAGUCAUGAGAGUUAUUUAACAAUGCAGCAACUUUUGAAUAAUAUUUAUGAUAUGGAAAAGUUCAUCGAUGAACUGUCACAUUUAAGAACCUAUUUCACGGGAAAAUCAAUUGAGACCACUUUUUAUGAGUUAACAAAAGAGUUUGAUAUGUAUGUAAAAGCCUUGAAUAUUAAGAUAGAUGUGGACGCUAAUUCUGAAUCUGUAUCAUUAACGAUGGAUAUUAAGAGUUUUGAAAAGAACAAAUUAAAUAACAAUAAAGUUAAACAAUCUGAUGAGAAUAAUCCAGUUUCAACUAUAAAACAAGAUUCACUGGCAUCAUCACUUGGUCAAUCCAAUGUUAAAGAAAAUUUUUAUCCUGCAGAGCAAGACUUUUUAGACAAUUGUUUAAGAAUUACCUAUGAUACUAAGAUCAAUGACCAAAAGAAAGUAAACAUACCAGGUUUAGAAGUUUAUUGUGAAGUAGAAGGUAACAGACAAUCUGAUGUUGAAUUAUUGGAAUUAUUGCGGUUGCACGAAGAAGAAAUUUUUAAUAUUCUUCCAACCAGUGCGAUUGGAAUAGGAAUUACCUUUGUAAAGUCAUAUCAGGAGCCCUCCAUCAUUCUUUAUGUCAAUAUAUUAUCUGAACUCUCUGAACAAACCAUUGAAAAUUUCUUUGAAAUAUUACAACGACCACCAGAAGAUAUUGUUAUUUGUCAAUUAUUCGACGAGGAUAAACCCAAUAAUAGUGCCGAGCGAAGAGAAAAUAAAGGUAAUGAAAAUGAUCCUAAUGAAGUCAAGGAAUAUAAUAAAGAUAAUGAGGGCGCUACCAACGAAAGUCAGAAAGUUAUUUAUGCAAGUGCUAAUGUUCAUAUCACGUCUAACAAUAACAGUGAUCAAUUUGGCCAAGCGGCUUAUAUACAAUUUAAAUUGAAAAUGCAGCGUCUAAAGAGUACAAAUGACGAAUUAAAAAGUUUAAAAUUUGAGAUCUUUGACAUAAUCUUUUCAGGUGGGGAGAUGCUAUCAUCUAAAAUUUCUAAUCUCAAGGGUGAAGGAUAUUACCCUAUCAAAGCUGAAGUUAUUUUAGAACCAAAGCAAGAUUUAUCCCCAAAAAUAUUAUCUAGAUUAAUUACUUCUAUCAAUCUAAACUCUCCGAGCGGUGAAAUGAAUGUUAUACAGAAUCGAAUCGAGACAAAAAAUGUUGGCACAACGGCAGGAGUUAAUGGAAUUAACCCUAAUCUUACAGUAAAUUCAAAUAAAGAGAUAACAAUAAAUGAGAAAGUUUCUUCCGUUCGCAUUACCAAUCCUAAUCUAGGGUUCCCAAAUAUUUUAUGGGAACAUGAUCUAAGAAAUGAGGAAAGAAGGCUUCCCAAUUAUUCUGAGGCGCCGGUACACACAGCUUGCAUUGGAUACAAGGAUGUAAAAAAAUUUGAAGUUAGGGCGACAUUAACUUUAGAAUAUAAUGAUCACUUUAUUUCAGGAUUAAUUAAAAUUAUCCCUUUCCGGCGUGUAAUAAAGCUCCCAAAAAGGUUGAGAUUUUCGUUUUCUAUAAUAAUUGCAGAAAAUCAAAUUCAAAAUAUCUUUAGAAAGAAUGGACCGGUAUACCACUGCAAUCCAGAAGCCUUACAAGCCAAUCAGGAUAAUAUUUUCGAAGACUUAUCAGAAAACGAUUUGGCAAAUAAUGGAAUCGUUUCCUCACAAAAUAUUAAAAAUUUAAAUCUUAAAAAACAAUGA